UCUGGCAGUGGGCGGGGUCCGAGCAAUACAGGUGAUAGCAACGGCAGCAGAGGGCGGGGUUCCGGGUGGUGCAGGUGAUUGCUGUGGGCGGGGCCAGGUGACAACACGGACAGGGAGACGGAGACCCAGCCGCUCGGUGGUUCGGUUACGGCAGCGGGAUAAGGAGAGAUGGCGGAGGAGUACGGAGAACCCGCCAAAUAUGACCCGAAAUUCAAAGGUCCCAUCAAAUCUCGGAGCUGCACGGACAUCAUCUGCUGUAUCCUGUUUAUGGUGUUUCUUCUCGGCUAUAUGGUGGUUGGAAUACUGGCCUGGCUCUACGGUGAUCCUCGCCAGGUGAUUUACCCUCGCAAUUCCACUGGAAUGUAUUGUGGUGUCGGGGAAAACAGCAACAAGCCCUUUGUGCUGUACUAUGAUAUAUUUAAAUGUUUUGGAACAAACACCUUAACCACUGCAAUGAAUGGAUUCCAGUGUCCUACUACUCAGGUGUGUGUUACUACUUGUCCUACAGACUUCAAGGCAUCUAUUCCUACAGGCACCCCGAGUAGUGUGUAUGUCCAGGAGUACUGUCAGCCGAGUAUUAAUCUGACUACUACACCACUGACUGUGCAGGAAAUUGCUGCUAGGGAGCUGUGUCCUGUGUUCCUCGUCCCCUCUGCUCCCAUCUUUAACAGGUGUUUCUUCAAUGUUAGUAGCGUCUUUCCACCUACCUUUACCAUGGACAACAUGAAUGCAAACCAAACACGUGAUAGUAUUAUCAAUGCGACCAGUCAAAUUGUAGAUUCAUUCAACCUUCAGAACCUGGGCAAGAAGAUAUUUCAGGACUUUGCCAACUCGUGGUCCUGGAUCCUUGUAGCUCUUGCUAUUGCCAUGAUCGUCAGUCUCCUCUUCCUGAUCUUGCUGCGGUUCACUGCCGGGAUCCUGGUGUGGUUACUCAUCAUCGGUGUUAUCGGAGUUAUUGGCUAUGGCAUCUAUCACUGCUACAUGGAGUAUGACAAGCUGAACAAGGCAGGAGCCACCGCAGCCACUGUGGGCUUCACGUUCAACAUCAGCGCCUAUGGCCAAGUCAAAGAGACGUGGCUGGCAAUCUUCAUUAUACUCAUCGUGGUUGAAGUUAUUCUCUUGUUGCUGUUGCUGUUUCUACGUAAGAGGAUUCUCAUCGCAAUUGCGCUGAUUAAGGAAGCCAGCAAGGCGAUCGGCCACAUCAUGUCCUCCCUGUUUUAUCCUCUGGUCACAUUUGUCCUUCUGCUCGUCUGCGUGGCAUACUGGGGUAUUACAGCUCUAUAUUUGGCAACCUCAGGUUCUCCAUUAUAUGUAGUGUCUACUGUAAACAGCACCUUUCCGGGGUGUUCAAAUAUAACUGGAAAUAUCACUUGUAAUCCAACGACAUUUAAUGCCUCCAGCACAGGCUGUGAUGAGGCUCGCUGUAUCUUCUACAAGUACAACACUGAGGGGAUCUUCCAGCAAAACCUCUUUAACCUGCAGAUAUACAAUGUCUUCGGCUUCCUGUGGUGCAUUAACUUUGUCAUCGCCCUGGGCCAGUGUGUCUUAGCCGGGACCUUCGCAUCCUACUACUGGGCUUUCCACAAACCCAAAGACAUCCCAUACUUCCCUGUGUCCGCUGCUUUCAUGAGAACGCUGAGAUAUCACACAGGGUCUCUCGCCUUUGGUGCCCUCAUCCUCACCAUUGUUCAGAUGAUCCGAAUCUUACUGGAGUAUCUGGACCACAAGCUGAAAGGGGCACAUAACCCAUGCACGCGCUUCCUCCUGUGCUGUCUAAAAUGCUGCUUCUGGUGUCUGGAAAAGUUCAUCAAGUUCUUGAAUCGGAAUGCAUAUAUCAUGAUUGCCGUCUAUGGAAAGAAUUUCUGUGUCUCUGCUAAAAACGCCUUCAAGCUCCUGAUGCGGAAUAUAGUGAGGGUGGUUGUCCUGGAUAAAGUCACUGACUUGCUCAUAUUCUUUGGGAAACUGAUUGUGGUCGGUGGCGUAGGAGUCCUUGCGUUCUUCUUCUUUUCUGGUCGGCUACCAAUUCCAAAUAAUGCCGUCAAGUCUCCAACGUUGAACUACUACUGGAUACCUAUUUUGACGGUGGUUGUUGGGUCCUAUCUGAUUGCGCAGGGCUUCUUUAGUGUGUACAACAUGUGCGUGGACACCCUGUUCCUGUGCUUCUUGGAAGACUUGGAACGUAACGAUGGUUCUGCAGAAAAACCAUACUACAUGCCUAAGUCGCUCAUGAAAAUUCUGAACAAGAAGAAUCGACCACCUAAGGAAGAGAAGAGAAAGAAAAAAUAAUUGGCAUUUAGACAUUUUCUGCUUUUUAAAAAAAUUUUUUAUUCAAUUCUGUUUGCAAUUCAAUCACUUUCUGUUAUGAGCCGGAGAUUGCAAAGUGACCAUUCAGUUUACAUUUCAUUUGACACUCCUUUGAUGAAGUAGGGUUUGAUGUUAGCCAUGCGUGGACUGUUCAGUGGCAGGAUCUUCUUUCCAACAGGUAACGUGUGGUCGAAUAGCUUGUGCCAAGUGGUUGCCAGGUGACUGCUCGGGCAGGCUGACAGUGGCCAUGCGCCAACUAGAAUCGCAGGCAUUGCCAAAACUGAUCUGCUGCAUGUGUGGCUAGCAGGAGAGUGAGAAGAAUUUGGCAUAGUGCUUGUCCAAUCCUUCCGUGACCUCAUAACUGUGACAAUGGCUUCCUCUUGCCUUUCUGUCUGCUAUCGUACAAGCCAUUAUAUUGCACUAUGAAUCGUUCCUGUCAUCUUCAUUCAGCGGAGGCAGCCAUUUUGAAGUCUGAACCAAUAUCCCUGAGAAUGCAGCCAGUUCACUCGCUAGAGGCCAGAGUAUGAUCCUAAGAACAAUUUGUGGUGUUAGAAUGGUGAAAGGGUACUAGCCCCCACACCGCACCCCAAGCAUGGUGCUUCUUCCUUUGUGCGGAGAUAGGCGAGACGGCCGCAGGUAGAGGAGGUGGAUGUCCGUCCUCUGUCAUUGACCUAACAGAGCACACCACCACACUCCCAGCCUAUCACAGUGUAGCAGCAGCCUGGGGUACUACUGCAGAAGGUGAGAGCCUCGGAGGAUGCUCUUGGCUUAAUUUAAAUGAUAAAAUACAGCCCUCUCUUCCCUUUGUCAAUGAUUGAAGAGGGAGAGGAGAAGGUUCAUUUAAGGAGAACCACUACAUGAACCAGAGGAUAUUCAUUAUGGUUUAGGUGGCCCCAGAAAUUGUGGCGCCUUAUCCAACUGUCUCAAAUUGCCAAAUUGGGAGUCCCAGUUGCUAGUAAAUUAGUUGGCUACAUUGUCAUGAAGAUAGCCCAUAAAAUGGCUGCUUUCUCUGUGUGAAGGCGAACGGUGUUUUUGAAUGCCUCUCUUAUCUGUCUUGUUCCUUUCCACUUGUAAUCUGUGUCUUAUUUGCAUUUAACAUUUCUUGUCUAUACAUUUGGCUAAAUUAAUAGUUUACGUCUGCUGACCUUUUAUUUUAUUAUAAAUCUAAUAUAUGUAAUACCAGCACUGUGAUCUUUACAUUAUCCAUAUAUCAGUGGAGUAAGUUGCACUAAUUAACAUUAGUUGGAUAACUUCAAGUGCAAUUGUUUAUACGUGGAGGAGUCAUUUUAUUUAGCGCUGUCAACUCAAAAGUGAAAAUGAGCCCAGGUGUUUUUUUAAUUUUACCAUUCAUCCAGAUUCCUCAUAAAUCAGGAAUUUUUGGAUCUGCAUCAGAAUCUGCCCUACUUUUAUACUAGCUAAGCCAGCUUUGCCCCGAUCCCCCUGCUUCCUGGUUAGAUGUCGCCCCCCGGUCUUUCUGCAUUAGCAUCAGAGGUCAAGGGUCUACAGCGACAUCUACAAAUCAAGCAAAGGGUAGGGGCUUUAUAGAGCCAUAGAUUUCAACGGAGAGCACUUUAUGGUGUGUAUAUAUUUAUACAAUGUAUAUAAAGGACUGAUUUUUAUCUACAGAUUAUAGAUUUUAAAGUCCAGAUCUAUCAAGCCUCGGAGAGUGAUAAAUUGCACGGUGACCAACCAAUCAGCUCCUAACUGUCAUUUUUCAAACACAGCCUGUAACAUGGCAGUUAGGAGCUGGUUGGUUGGUACUUUAUCUCCAUGCAAUUUAUCACUCUCCAAGGCUUGAUAAAUCUGGGCUUUAGUGUGUUAAGUUAGAUAUUAUACUCAAUGAGACUUCACAUGUGUACAUAACUGUAUAAUUUUGUGUAUAAAUAGUAAUACACAGUCCGAAAUUACUAUUUUCCAAAGAGUUUAAUAAAUUGAAUUCCUUAUAA